UCAAGCAGGAGGUAGGUGUCUGGGCCCAACACUCACUUGAUCAGGAUACAGGAUGGCCAUCGGAUACUGCUGCCUCUCCCUGUUUCUCAUAUCCACUUGGGUGGCUCUGCUGCUGCAGCCCCUGCAGGGUGCCUGGGGAGCCCCACUGGAGCCGAUGUACCCAGGGGACUAUGCCACACCGGAGCAGAUGGCUCAAUAUGAAACUCAGCUCCGCAGAUACAUCAACACACUGACCAGGCCUAGGUAUGGGAAGAGAGCCGAGGAGAACACAGGUGGACUUCCUGGAAUGCAGCUCUCCCCGUGCACCAGCCCCCCUGUUGGUUUGAUUCCAUGCUCUGCAUCCUGGAGCUGAAGGUAGGGAGCUCAGCCCAGUGGACUUGAAGCACCCCUCCUGUCUCCUGUCUGUGGCUGCAGGACAGUACAGGUCCAGCUCUCUCCCCUGCAUUCUUGUAACUACCUGCUCUCUUGCAAACUAAAUAAAGCAAAUUAAAAUUAU